AUGAAGGGCUUUGAUUUGGAGAAGCAGUUGCUUUUCUACGGAGCAUACCACCAUGAUCCCGUGAACGUAGGAAUCCACAUGGUCUGCGUACCUAUCCUCCUCCUAACAGGCUUCCAAUUCGGAUCCAACACGCCCUCCCUUCCCCAAACCCCCAAAUUCCUCUCCCUCCGCUCCCUCCCCCUCAACCUCGCCACCCUCGCAGCAAUAACAUACUCCAGCCUCUACAUAACCCUGGAGCCCUACGCCGGUCUAGCCGCCACGCCACUCAUCCUCGGCGGCGCAGCCCUAGCCAACAAAGCGACUGCAAAAUUCGGGAGCAAGGCCACCAAGGUCAGCGCUCUCGUCCAUGCUGUGAGCUGGAUUGCGCAGUUUGUGGGACAUGGGAAGUAUGAGGGGAGGGCGCCCGCCCUGCUGGAUAAUCUUGUGCAGGCGCUGUUUUUGGCGCCGCUGUUUGUGUGGAUGGAGGUGCUUUUUAAGUUGGGGUAUAGACCGGAGUUGAGGAAGAGGUUGGAGGAGGGGGUGAGGAGGGAGUUGAGGAGGUUGGAGGUGCUGAAGGAGGAGAGGAGGAGGAGGGAGUUGGAGGGGAAGGGGGAGCGGGAGGGGGAGGGGAAGUAGGGGACUAUACCUGAGGAAGGAGUUUUGAGGAUGGGGUGGAGGGAGAUGAUUCGGGGGUGGGGGGAUUGUGGGUUUGAAGGUAGGAGAGGAGGAUGGGAUAUGGUAUAUGGGUUGUGGGUUACUUACUUGGUAUGUAAGAAAAAGAGGAAGAAGAGUUGGGUGGAGAGCAUGCGUGGAAAUGGAAGGAGAUUUUGCUUUGUCUGUAUUUGAUGAGGCGUGAUGCUUUUAAUGAAGAGGAUGAGUUGUGUGAUGAUUGCGAAACGUAGCUAUGAUAGACCUCAAGAGAAAUGCCUUGUUUUCGAGAUCGAGAUGGGAAUAAUGUGAUGAGUUGAGUAGUUCGAAUGCAACGACAUUGCAGAAGAAGGAUAUAGUGUAAGAAAUGCCGUGUUGAUAUGUACCUCGAUAAACCAGCAUGAUUCCACAGUGUCACUUCUCUGAGGACUUAUCAUUCUGAAGAUAAUAAAGUUGAUUGCCAUUGCAAGUGGCAUAUAUUCCCAUCAUAAGCCGAAUAGAUGGCGAAAACCAUGGAGUCUGGUCUGAUACAGCGUUGUCUCUCGGACACGGGAAGGGGGGUUCGUCGUCCCUCAGUGGUGAAGAAAGGGCAGUAACAGAAUUAAACAUCUCCAUCAUGAAUAGCAGAACAUAAAAUGCUGAUCAAAGACAUCAGUGAAAUAUUCUGGAUGUUUCAAAUGGCCUCUCUUGGAGCGACUGUAAAGACUGUAGAGAACUGUACAGUAUCUCUGCCUGCUGCUCUGGUACUAACGAACCUGAGACACCAUUAGCCACUGUCAAUAGCUUCCAGUUUGUCUUUGGCAGGACAAGCUUCGAACCUCUCAUUCCCUUUCCUCAAAAUUCGAUGCACAUGACAUCAUCAACAAAUGCUUAAACCGGGAGAUUUUCAUCGGAAGGAAGAGAGAGAAAAUUUCCC